GUGCCAACAGCUGAUCGGAAUUAGAUAAUAGUAUAGCUGACCCCCAAAAUGGCUCUAAGAUUUGUAGCCAAGUCAUGCAGAUCCUUGCUGCAACGUGGCGAUCGUCCUUCGUCCUGGACCCGCACCCUCGCCCACUAUCCCGUCAACGAUGCCAUGUUUGGUCUGGACGAGGAUCGCCAAAAGUUGCGGGAGGUGGCAUUCAAUUUCUUCCAGAAGGAACUGGCGCCUCUGGCCAAGGAGAUCGAUAAACUGGAUAACUUCAAGGACAUGCGACCCUUCUGGAAGAAACUGGGUGAUCUUGGCUUUCUGGGCAUCACGGCGGAGCCUGAUUUUGGAGGCACUGGGGGCAGCUAUCUGGACCACUGCAUCAUCAUGGAGGAGUUCUCGCGGGCUGCUGGAGGCGUGGCCCUUUCCUAUGGAGCCCACUCCAAUCUGUGCAUCAACCAGCUGACCAAGAACGGCACUCCCGAGCAGAAGGAGAAGUACCUGCCCAAAUUAUGCAGUGGUGAGCACAUUGGAGGACUGGCCAUGUCCGAACCAGGAGCUGGAUCCGACGUGGUAUCCAUGAAGCUGCGUGCCGAACGCAAAGGAGAUUACUAUGUCCUCAAUGGAUCAAAGUUCUGGAUCACAAAUGGAUCCGAUGCGGAUACUUUGGUGGUCUAUGCGAGGACAGGAGGUAGUGAUGUCCCGAACAAGCAUGGCAUUACCGCCUUCAUAGUGGAAACCGCCUGGGAGGGCUUCAGUGUGGCCCAAAAGCUGGACAAGCUGGGCAUGCGUGGCAGCAGCACCUGUGAGCUGGUCUUCCAGGAUCUGAAGGUGCCGGCCAAGAAUAUUCUAGGACAGGAAAACCGUGGCGUCUAUGUGCUAAUGUCGGGACUGGACUUUGAGCGGCUAGUUCUGGCCGCUGGACCCGUGGGUUUAAUGCAGGCUGCCUGCGACGUGGCCUUCGACUAUGCUCACCAGCGUAAGCAGAUGAAUCAGUUGAUCGGAGAGUUCCAACUGCUCCAAGGAAAAAUGGCUGAUAUGUACACUACGCUGAGUGCCUGCAGGAGCUAUCUGUACACGGUGGCCAGAUCCUGCGAUGCAGGCAAUCGCAGUCCCAAGGAUUGCGCCGGUGUUAUCCUCUACACCGCCGAGAAGGCCACCCAGGUGGCUCUGGAUGCCAUUCAGAUCCUUGGUGGAAAUGGUUACAUCAACGAUAAUCCCACUGGUCGCAUCUUGCGUGAUGCCAAGCUGUAUGAGAUUGGCGCGGGAACUUCGGAGAUCAGGCGCUGGCUCAUUGGUCGCCAGCUUAACCAGGAGUACAAGUAAAGGGAGGAGCUUGAAACCCAGAAACGCAUUUAUGGAAUUACAGCAGUGGCAAUUAUGUGGAUCAACUCUACUACCUGACAGACUAAAAGUUGCAUUUAUUUUUGUUUAGGAUUUAUAAAAUCAGUACGUUUUAACAAUGUUUAUAUGUGCUUUAAUAAAAGAUGAAAAAUCAGUAAAAAAAAAAACUUUGUACAUUAAAACCUUCAUCCAUUUAAAACU